AUGUUAUUUCUCAUUCAUUUCUUUGUUUUCACUCGUUUUUAUAUCCAAGAAGUCUUUCUUCGUGCUCAUUUACUAACAUUUGUACUUACCAUUGGUUGUCUCGGGUCAUUUUUCUCACUCCCGAUCGGUUUAUUUACAAUCAUUUUGGCAACUUUCCAUAUAAGUGAAUACAUAUCCGUUGCUCUUUGGUGUCCUCGAACAUUAACAAUCGAUUCAUUUCUGUUAAAUCAUUCACCGCAAUAUCAUGCUGCAAUAGUCAUGGCCUACGGCGAGUAUUUUCUUGAAAAAUAUUUUCUUUUUUCAAAUGGAGUUCCUUAUUAUUGGCUUUGGAUAAUUCUUGGUUUAUGUAUGGUCAUUGGUGGAGAAUAUUUACGUAAAUUAUCGAUGUGUACAGCUCAACAAAGUUUUUCACAUUUGAUUGAAGACAAACCGAAUAGUGAACAUCAGUUGAUUACUCACGGAAUUUAUCAAACGUAUCGUCAUCCAUCGUAUGUUGGAUGGUUUUGGUGGGCAUGUGGAACACAGAUACUAUUAGCCAAUCCUAUAUGUUUUAUACUUUAUUUAAUCUCGACCUGGCGGUUCUUUGCUGAACGAGUUGUAUUAAGUUUGAUUUUGCAACGAAUUAAUCAUGGGUUUCUUUCAAGCGUUGUUUUUCUGGCAUUCUUGGCUGCUAUUGGUUUCACCUUACUCAUCUUAGGUUGUGCGUUAUCGAAUUACAAUUGGUGGCCCACAUUCGUCAUUAUCUUUUAUGUACUUUGCCCAAUUCCAUUAGUCAUCGCACGUCAAUGUACAUCUUCUAAUGGUUAUAGUACAAGUGAUACAAAUCCAUGUUCGGAUCUGAUGUGGUUUAUCACAAGUGCAAUUGUUGUCUCGGCAUUUAGUUUACCCGUAGUUCUUCAUCGAGCUGGUGUGAUUGCUUUUGGUUCAAUGGGUUUCGUUAUGGGAGCAAAUGUAGUUGUAUUUGUAACAAUUGUGAUCUACUUUUUGACAUUCGAUUCCGAUGAUAGUUUAUUAAGUAUAUAA